UCUCACGCAAUCUCUGACGCGCGGUCAACCGAAUAGGCUACGGUCCCAGCCCAGGGUAUACCAUUAUACCUGUGUGAUCACUUUUUUUUCCAUGAACAUUUCAUACCUGGAUUUUCUUCUUUAGGUCCGCGUAUCGACUGACCGUAAACAUGACAAUUAGGACGCUGAGAGAUUAUGGUCAGCACUACCGACCACGGAUGGCAUGCCUAAAACAUGUGGAGGUGUUUGUGGUUGAGAUGCAGGAUCCUAAGAGUGGGGUAAAGGGUGCCGACCAGAAACUCAAUGUAACCAUUAUUCCACACGUCAUCAACGGGCAGGACAUUCUAGCAUGGAUUGUCACCAAAAUGAAGGUUACCACAGAAGAGGCCCAGGCGUUUGGGACCAUGCUGGUGGCCUACGGGUACAUCUACCCCCUCCAGAACCACAGGAAGUUGGUCCUGGUCCCCGACAGCACCCUCUACCGCUUCCAGACCCCUUAUUUCUGGCCUGUGCAGAAGUGGCCCGCUGAGGACAUAGACUAUGCCGUCUACCUGGCCAGGAGAAACAUCCGGAAGAAGGGGAUGCUGGAGCCCUAUGAGCAGCAGCACUACGACAAUCUCCACAAAUGGAUGAACCCCAAGUGGGAUUUCAUCGUGAUGCAGGCUACAGAGCAGUACAAGGCUAAUAAAGAGAGGAAGAAGCCAGACAGAGUGGUGUUGGACUGUCAGGAGAGAGCCUACUGGAUAGUACACAGGCCACCACGUCGGACACACAGUGCCAUGGACUAUGGUCUGGACCGCCUCAUUGACCCCAAUGCAGAGGAGGUGUUGACCUUCGACGUGGUCAGGAGAACCAACAUUUUCCUUACACAAGCCCUAAUGAGGUCAGCUGUCAAAUCGUCUGUGUCCCUCACAGCCUUUGUCAAGUUUGUGACAACCCACCACAAUCACGACCCGUUCCUGACAACCCCUGUCCCCAGCAACCCCUGGAUAACGGACAGUGAUGAGUUCUGGCAACUCAACUCAAGAAGUGUGGACAUCCCCACUAAGUUGAGUGUGGAGCGUUGGGUCUUGAGCUUCUGGGAGCUGAUCAGUGACCCACGAGGCAGAGUCGACUUCAAGCUCUUCCUCAAGAAGGAGCACAGUGCGGAGAACAUGGCGUUCUACGAGGCAGCUGAGGAGAUGAGGUGGGGAGCAGCGUCUGCCAUACCAGAGAAAUCCCAGUUCAUCUUCAACACCUUCCUGAAGCCUGGAGCUCCUCGAUGGAUCAACAUCGAUGGUCGUACCAUGGGGCUGACAGUGAAGGGUCUGGUUGUUCCUCACCGCUACGUGCUGGACGCUGCCCAGACACACAUCUUCCUGCUCAUGAAGAAGGAUACGUUCUACCGGUACCUGAAGUCUCCGGUCCAUAAAGACAUGCAGAAGAGGGCUCUGGUCCCGGCGCCCCACGUCUUCACUGAUGCCCAGUUGGAGGCCAAUGUGAGGAAUCGUAACCCAGGCAUCAGCCCCAUCCUGCAGUGGCAGCAGGAGGAGGAGGAGAAGGCAGCAGCAGCUGUUGCUGCCAGGCCCAUUGACGUCAAAGCCAUGGUGGCCACCAACAAGCUGGACAGGAAGUAGAGAGAGCCCAGGGCAUCAUGGGAAAUGGAGUUUAAUAUACAUGCGGUUGUUCAUCUAAUAUAUAUUUGGUUUCCAUGGAGAUGGUGUUACAUAGGAGUACUUUAUGUCCUAAAUAUUGGACUUAUUAGCUACUGUUUUAAUGGAGAUAUUGGUAUUUUAUAGAAUCAUUUAUGUCCUCGACCACUGAUGUCAAGCCAGUACGGAUUGGUUGAAUGAGGGAAAUAAACUACUGUCUGUCGAGUA